AUGGCCAGAGCUUUGUGUCCACCGCAUUCCCUCUGGCUCCUGGGGUGGGCACAGCUGCUUUUAGGACCCUGUGGUACUCCUCCAGCCCAGGCCUUGAACCUGGACCCAGUGCACCUCACCACCUACACAGGCCCCAAUGGCAGCCACUUUGGAUUUUCACUGGACUUCUACAAGAACAGCCAUGGAAGAGUGGCCAUCGUGGUGGGCGCCCCUCGGACCCUAGGCCGUGGCUGGGAGGAGACCGGCGGCGUGUUCCUGUGCCCUUGGAGGGUCGAGGGCGGCCAGUGCACCUCGUUGCCCUUCGACCUCAGAGAUGAAACCCAAAAAGUGGGUUCCCAAACCUUUCAAACCUUCAAGGCUGGGCAAGGACUGGGGGCGUCGGUCGUCAGCUGGAACGACAACAUUGUGGCCUGCGCCCCCUGGCAGCAUUGGAAUGUGCUAGAAAAGACUGAAGAGGCCGAGAAGACGCCCGUAGGUGGCUGCUGGGUGGCUCAGCUCCAGAGCGGCGGCCGCGCGGUAUACUCGCCCUGCCGUGCCAACACCAUGACCGAAACUUACAAAAACAGUACAAUUAGCGACAAGCGCUACUGCGAAGCAGGCUUCAGCUCCGUGGUCACCCAGGCUGGGGAGCUGGUGCUCGGGGCCCCCGGGGGCUAUUAUUUCUUAGGGCUCCUGGUCCGGGCUCCAAUCGCCGAUAUCGUCUCAAGUUACCGUCCAGGCACCCUCUUGUGGCACCUGUCCUCUCAGCACUUCACAUUCGACUCCGGCAACACCAGGUUCUUCGACGGCUACCGGGGGUACUCGGUGGCGGUGGGCGAGUUCGACGGGGACCCGAGCACUACAGAGUAUAUCUUCGGUGCCCCCACCUGGAGCUGGACCCAGGGAUCGGUGGAGAUUUUGGACUCAUACUUUCACACACUGCACCGGCUGCAUGGAGAUCAGAUGGCUUCAUAUUUUGGGCACGCCGUGGCUGUCACUGACAUUAAUGGGGAUGGGAGGCAUGACCUGCUGGUGGGUGCACCACUGUACAUGGACCGUCGCACUGACCGCAAGCUGGCAGAGGUGGGGCGUGUGUACUUGUACCUGCAGCCCUCUGGCCCCCACCUGCUGGGUGCUCCCAGCCUCCAGUUGACCGGCACCCACCUCUAUGGACGAUUUGGUUCUGCCAUCGCUCCCCUGGGUGACCUCGACCGGGAUGGCUACAACGAUGUUGCAGUGGCCGCCCCUUACGGAGGUCCCAGUGGCAGGGGCCAAGUGCUGGUGUUCCAGGGUCAGAGUGAGGGCCUGAGCUCACGCCCAUCCCAGGUCCUGGAAAGCCCCUUCCCCAAAGGCUCUGGCUUUGGCUUCUCCCUGCGAGGUGCCACAGACAUCGAUGACAACGGAUAUCCAGACCUACUGGUGGGAGCUUAUGGGGCCAGCAAGGUGGCUGUGUACAGAGCUCAGCCUGUGGUGAUGGCCAGUGUCCAGCUGCUGGUACAAGAUUCACUGAAUCCUGCUGUGAAGAACUGUACUCUGCCCCACACCAACACAACAGUGAGCUGCUUCAACAUCUACAUGUGUGUGGGAGCCACUGGGUACAACAUUCCUCAAAAGCUGCGCCUGAAUGCUGAGCUGCAGCUGGACCGGCAGAAGCCACGCCAGGGCCGGCGGGUGCUGCUUCUGGGCUCUCAGCAAGCCAGCACCACCCUGCACCUGGACCUGGGCGGGAGGCACAGCCCUGUCUGCCACACUGCCCAGGCUUUCCUGCGAGAUGAGGCCGACUUCCGGGACAAGCUGAGCCCCAUUGUGCUCAGUCUCAACUUGUCCCUGCAGCCUGACAAGGCUGGAUUGACCCCUGCCCUUGUGCUGCAUGGAGACACCCACGUCCAGAAGCAGACUCGCAUCAUCCUGGAUUGUGGGGAGGACGACCUGUGUGUGCCCCAGCUUCAGCUCACUGCCGAAGUGAGGGGCUCCCCACUCCUGAUUGGGGCUGACAAUGUGCUGGAACUGUGGGUGGACGCUGCCAAUGAAGGCGAGGGGGCCUAUGAGGCUGAGCUGACUACUCACCUGCCUCCAGGUGCCCACUACAUGCGGGCCCUCAGCAACAUUCAGGGGUUUGAAAGACUCAUCUGUAACCAGAAGAAGGAGAACGAGAGCAAGGUGGUGCUGUGUGAGCUGGGCAACCCCCUGAAGAAUGAUGCCCGGAUAGGAAUCACCAUGUUGGUGAGUGUGGGGAACCUGGAAGAGGCUGGAGAGUAUGUGACCUUCCAGCUGCAGAUCAAGAGCAAGAACAGCCAGAAUCCAAACAGUCAAGUGGUGCUGCUGCAUGUGCCAGUCCAGGCAGAGGCCCAAGUGGAGCUGCGAGGGAACUCCUUUCCAGCCUCCCUGGUGGUGGCAGCUGAAGGUGACAGGGAGGAGAAAAGCUCAGACAGCUGGGGCCCCAAAGUGGAGCACACCUAUGAGCUCCACAACAAAGGCCCUGGUGCUGUCAGCGGCCUGCACCUCAGCCUGCACCUCCCCGGCCAGUCCCAGUCCUGGGACCUGCUCUAUAUCCUGGACGUGCAGGCCCAGGGGGGGCUCCAGUGUUCUCCAGAGCCAUCCCCUAACCCCUUCAAGCUGGACUGGAAGCUGCCCACCCCCAGCCCAUCCCCAGUUUACCCAGCCCAUAGAAAGCGGGAGCGUAGACAGGCGCUCUGGCCAGGCUCGCAGCAGCCCUCAGGGCUCCAGGACCCAGUUCUAGUGGACUGCAACUCCUCGGCGCCCUGUACUGAAGUGCGGUGUGAGCUACAGGAGAUGGCGCGCGGGCAGCGGGCCACGGUUACCGUGUUGGCUCUCCUGUGGCUGCCCAGCCUUCGCCAGAGGCCGCUGGAUCAGUUUAUCCUGCAGUCCCGUGCUUCGUUCAACGUAUCUGCCCUUCCCUACACGGUGCCUGCCCUCAGCCUGCCCAGCGGCAAAGAGCUAGUGCAGACGCAGGUGCUUCGAGUCUUGGAGGAGAGAGACAUUCCUCUCUGGUGGAUUCUGGUAGGCGUGAUGGGUGGUUUGCUGCUGCUCACCCUCCUGGUCCUGGCCAUGUGGAAGGCCGGCUUCUUCAAGCGGAAUCGCCCUCCCCUGGAGGAGGACGAUGAGGAGGAGGACGAUGAGGAGCAGGAGUGA